AUGGUGUUACUGCAUGUAAAAACGGCGGAUGAACAGCAUCAAUUUUUGUUCAACACUAAAACAAGCGAAAUAGUCAAAGAUGUUAUUUCAGAGGUCACCGCGCUGCACCUUAAGCGCAUGAAGGCGCUGAAGGUGGCAGACGCCGCAGAGGCGCUGGCAACUUAUGGGCCCUUGAGACCAGAAGAAACCAGGGGAUUGACAGAGGAAGUGGCCAAGUUGUCCAACCUAAACGUGUAUCCCGAUGGUCCGCCAACAAAUCCCGACCCACACUUUUAUAGGACGGGAUUGCCACCUCCAAAAGAGGUGGCCGACAUCAUCCUUCGCACGUGUGCGGAGGCCAAAGAAGCGCUUUCGCACAAGAAGGUUGAGCGGCGUGAAGCACUGCGACUGGAGGCAGUGCAGGAGACACUUAAUGUUUUGCAGGGAGCACUGCAAAUUGCCUACCCUGCAAACCAUGGCCUGCCAAGUUGGGAGCCAGUUCGCCUUAUCCUGGAAGACAAGGAAACCACAGGAAGCCAAGAAAUUUCAGAGAACAUUACCCUAGAGAAUGCCUGCCUGUGGUGGACAGGCAAGCAGCUGCAACAGACGGAGGCCCUCAGCAAGUAUUUAGGGACAAACGAGAAGACAAAGACUGUUGUGCGGCUGCAGCCAAAGAAUGCUGCGUCAAUACCAAGAGAAAUCCUAGCCCAUUUUCGCCUGCUUUUCUUCUCCGGCAUUGACGGUUCUGUACCUGCAAUGGCAUGCGCUGCGGUUGCUUCCACUGAUGUAGGACCCCCUAUUCGCGAGCCUCGGAUGGAUGCGGAGACUCAUAAAGCUGUUCUGGCGUACUGCCAUAAGAAGAGGCAAGAAGACAAAGUCCGUCAAUAUCCUCAGAAUAUGCCUUUUUACCCAUUAGCGUUUCCUGAACUGAUCCUUGUUAUUAUUUGGGCGUCCCCAUGA